GCGUUAAGACCUUCCUCUUGUGUUGUAAAGCCAGCAAGAAAGCAAGGAUUGAACUACUCUGAGCUCUCACAUCUCCUGUGAAGGACACCAAAUUCAUGCAACUUUAGAAACUCAUCAUCAGAACAAACCAACGAAAGGCCUGGGCUGUGGUGACAGUCCUAGAGUGUGUAGUGUCUGCUUGCCUGGUCUCCACCUCAUCCAGUCUCACCAGGGGAGCGUUUGCAAGGUGAAGAUGAACAGUGGAAUUCUCUUCUUGUCCCUCCUUGGCUUCCUCCCACUUGGUAUACCCACAUGCCCUGUGCCAUGCAGGUGUGCCACCAACAUUAUUGACUGCACAUCAAAAGGCCUAACUGUAGCAAAACUACCAGUUGCUUUCCGCCCCUCAGCUGAAAUUAUCCACCUUGGUUACAACAAGCUCACCUCUAUUCCCAGUGGGCUCUUUGACAACCUGAAGAGCCUGCAGGUAGUCUACCUGCAGGGCAACCCGUGGGAAUGCAACUGUGAGAUCCUCUACUUGCGCUCCUGGCUCCAGUGGCAGCAGAACCGGACCUUAUACAGGGAUGUGAGAUGCACCUCCCCAGCUCACCUGCAGGACCGAAUCAUUGCCUAUCUGACAGAAGAUGAAAUCAUCUCCACAUGCCAGUACUGGUACUGCAAUCUGGCUCUCCUCUCUCAGCUCUGUCUCGUCAUCCUCCUUUUCCUCCAGGGUAUCUUGGUUAUCUUCAUCAUUGUCUACCUGCAGAAAUUUCGGAGAAUGACCGCUGAAGCCCGGAGCACCACCCGAGAUCUACACCAGAAUGUAGACACCUGGGUAUCUUCUUCAAGAAGCCCCUACAACAGUGAUUAACAUCACAAGACUGAAGACCCUCCUCCCCCUUGAGUGAUGCUGUGCCAAGGUCAUGUGGUUUGUGACAUCCAGAGGGGACAAUUCAGUGCAGCAUCUAAUCCUGACUGCAGUCCAAAGCAGGUCUUGAACUGAUCAGACACUUGCUGUAUUUCCAAAGACCUGAUCUUGUGUUUUUUAAUGCUUUAAACUCUUUAGUUGUUUGUUUUUUUUUUUUUUCUUUAAACUCUUUGAUUGCUUUGCUGAGCUGGGAGUGGUUCUGGUUUGGUAGACUAAGGAAAUCAUAAGCUGCAGCAGCCAGAACUGACUCAAACUGCUCAUAAGCUCGUAGGGGCUACGGUGCUUGAUCCCUGCUGUGCUAGAGUAUUUCAGCCAUACUUUCGACGAUGCUUCUGGUUGCAUUGGGUCAGGUGAGGACAGAGGUGGACAGUAAAUAGUUAAGGUACUGGACUCGGACAAUGGAGAAAUACAGUUUCUUUAGUGCUACCACAGAUUGCCUUAGUAACUUUGGACAAAUGACUUAGUCUUCUCCUGCCUCAGUUUCCCAUCAGUGAAAGGGAAAGGAUGUUUCUUCUUGCCUGAUGCAUCUUUUCCAAUGUUGUUCUGGGGGAGAGAAAGAAUGUUUAGAAGCCUACCCAUUUUACCCUGUCUUCAUUCCUUUUAUCUACUUACAGUUUUAAUACUGACUUUAACAUGUACUGAGUCAGACUGGGGCCCUGAAUGUUUAUGAGAAAUUCACCCUGAAGCCAAGAGUUGUUGAGACCAGAGGCUCUUUCUGACUGUGCUUGUACAGCACCUGGCACAAGAGAUCUGGUCUUCUUUGGAGCCUCAAACUGCGAAACCCACUAAUGUGCCUACUGCUGGUGAUGAUGUCCCUUAAUUAUUUUUGGAACAAAGCAAAAUUGAAAUAAAAUAAUGAUGCAUGA